AUGAUGGAUGUGGAGGUGUCCAUUUUGAGCGGCCGCAGCGUGAAGCUCUCGCUGGAACACACCUGCAGAGUGAUGGAAGUCAUGAAGCUCUCCAGUGAGGCCUUAGAGCUACACAUCAGCCGUCUCUACUAUGGGCCGCAGGCCUUGGGAUCUUGGUGGCGCUUGAAUGAUCUUGAGAUCCCGCCGAACGCUGCACUCACACUCAUUGGUGUUGCUUCAAAGCUGCAGGUCAUCUCUGGCUUCGAAGCCUUGUGCACCUCAGCGGAUGCUUGGCCCCUGUCCUGUGGAACUGCCUUGGACGGUGGUGCCUUUCUGGCCAUCCGCCCGGACGGUGGCGCGGUGGUUUGGGGCGGCUUCGCCUGCACCGAUGACUUUUGCGAACACCUGCGAGACGUGGUGGAAGUGAAGUCGACGCUCGGGGCCUUUGCCGCACUGAAGCCGGAUGGCUCUGUGGCUUGUUGGGGCAAGGCCAUGGCGGGCGGCGACAAGUCCAGCGUCAGCGAUCAGCUGCGCGAGGUCAUCGGUCUCUAUGCCACGUCCCGGUCCUUUGCGGCGGUGAAGCGCGAUGGACGUGUUGUCACCUGGGGGGGACCCUUGCAUGCCAACUUCGGAGGCGACUCCUCGAGGGUGGCGACGGAGCUGCAGGACGUGCGGAGUUUGCGGAGCUCGGAGAGCGCCUUCGCGGCGAUCCGUGACGAUGGAAGCGUGGUGACCUGGGGCAACAGCUGCGAGGGUGGCGACAGCAGCCGGGUGAAAGAUGCCUUGACCAACGUCACCAGCAUCUGUGCGACCCGACGGGCCUUCGCAGCGCUCCGCUCGGACGGAUCCGUGAUCACCUGGGGGAUGGUCACCGAGGGUGGUGGCAGCUUUUGGGUGGAAGACCAGCUCCGCAGCGGCGUGCAGCAGCUGUGCGCCUCCGAGACGGCCUUCGCCGCGUUGAAGACCGGAGGCGACGCGGUCGUGACGUGGGGCGACGCGAAGACCGGCGGAGACUCCUCAGGUGUGCAAGAGAGAUUGAGAGAUGUGGAGGCCUUACAUGCGAAUGACUGUGCUUUUGCAGCUCUUCUGAAAGAUGGAUCGGUUGUCACCUGGGGCGAUGCAAGCGGUGGUGGAAACUCCAACGAGGUGCAAGGUGAGCUCCACAACAUUGUGGAGCUCCAAGCGUUUCAAGGAUGCUUCGCUGCGCUGAGUGCCGAUCGGAAGGCGAUUUGCUGGGGCAAACACGGUCACCGUGUACUUGAGAAUAUCAUGCGAGUUCGCGGCACCGCAUAUGGCAUGGCCGCUCUGACAGCUGAUGGUGCUGUGGUUUCGUGGGGAGAAAGCGAACGUACGCACAACAUCGUGAGCUUCAGCAGCGUGGAAGAGCGGCUCAUCGACGUGGCCAACCUUCACGUCUCCGCGGGCGCCUUCGCCGCGGUGCUCUGCGACGGCUCCGUGGUGACCUGGGGCGACCGCAGGUAUGGGGGCGAUAGUGAGCGCGUGCAAGACUUCUUGGAUGCACGAUAG